AUGACUUUAUUGGAUAUCAGGGAUUAUUAUACCUUUGAUAGACCUGGUUCCAAUAUAAUUUUCGAUUCUGAGCGUAAAGGGCGUUACGUUCAUUUGUCAUGCAAUUGUACCAAAGCCCAUCGGCGAACCGGAUUCUGCAAUGGCCUUGUUAUUUCUAAGGAAAUAGUCCCUCCAGGCUGCAUUGUCGCUGUUGAAAUUCUUGAAACACAGCUAGGAUGGAGUGGGGAUUUGAGAAUCGGAUUUACGCUUCUUCCUGAUGCGCUCCUGCUUCCAUUGCCCAGCUUUGCCGUUUCCGGCCUACUUGAGCGUGGCCAGAGUUGGAUAGUCCCGGUUGGCCAUGCAGGCAGUGUUAUUGCCUGUCAGUACCGCCGACACCUUCGCUUCCGCCAACGUGAUAACCAGCUCUUUCGAGUAAUCGCCUUGACUUUGCCACUGCCGUCGCCAUCUCCGCUCUCACUACUCAAUGCACAUGCUUUAUCCGUUCUAAAUAUCAACCAGUUGAAUGCCGAUGGUUGCACUGGGACGACUGCUUCGUCUAUUUGGUGUCCACCACCUUGGCGCGGCCCGACGCCUUCUGAACUCUCGACCCUUCCUAAUGGCCUAAUGUUAGGCGGCAGUCACACUGGCCUAUUUUGGGCUCCGACUCUCUGUCACCAAAAUAACCGCAUCAUUAGACUUAGCAAUCAUGACAAUGGCAAUAGCCAAAAUGACAGUUGUACACACCUUUUUUUCUCUUCACACAAUUCUCCACCGACGGCUGAAGCUGAUGUAUGUUAUGAAAGUGCUCUAGCACAGCCAUGUGCAUCACCUCUGUCUCCUCAGUUGAUGAUUGUACCUCGACUUACGGGGACAGUUCCUGUUGAACGGCUAGUCGAUUCAGCGUCGAUGCCCCUACGGCCGUGCCCUUGCUGUCUUCACACUCGUUUCGGUAGGGUUAGCUUCAGUCAGCUGAUGCCAAGUGCCGAUCUCGACGCUGCAGUCAAGCUCUUUUCUUUGAAAAAGCAUUCGCAACUACCUCUUCCUUCACCUCCAGCAUUAGCCUGUCUCCGGCCACUGGGAACGGAGGAGGGCUCUGUGGUGGCCGUCUACUAUGAUCUGACGCCUGUAUCACCUGAUCAAGAACUGACAAACGAGUUGAAUGCAACAAAUGAAUUCCAAAUUCAUCAACAGCAGCAACAGAGGAUGGAUGUGACACCAAAUGAGCGGAGGAGUUCGGCGAGUUCGAGGAAACGGGAGUCA